AUGGGCAACAAUUCGAGCAGAGUGACCGCCCAGGACAAGGCGAUCCUCGACCUCAAACUACAGCGCGAUAAGCUGCACCAAUAUCAGCGGCGCAUCACGGUCCUAACCGAUAAGGAGACGGCCGUAGCGCGACAGAUGCUAGCGGCCGGCGACAAGAAGCGCGCCCUGCUAGCCCUGCGCCGGAAAAAGUACCAAGAGUCUCUACUCGAGAAGACGGACGCGCAGCUCGCGCAGCUAGAGCAGUUGACCCGCAGCGUCGAGUUCGCGCUCAUCCAGAAGGACGUCGUGUUCGGCCUGCAGCAGGGCACGCGGGUCCUGCGCGACAUCCACGCCGAGAUGGGCGGCAUCGAGCACGUCGAGAAGCUAAUGGGCGACACGGCGGACGCUAUUGCUUACCAGAAGGAGGUAAGCGAAAUGCUAGGCGGCAGAAUUACAAACCAGGACGAGGACGAGGUCGAAGACGAAUUAGCCGCCCUCGAACUAGAAGUCAACGGCCCGGCGAAACUACCCAACGUGCCGGAUACCAAGAUACCCCCGCCUCAGAUCAAAGAUGCGAUGCCGCAGGAGCCGGAGCCGGAGCCGGAACCGGAGUCGGAGAGGAGAGCCAUGCUCGCUGCAUAA